AUGUGGUGCAUCUUGCGAGGCUGGAAGCAAGGGUCAUUUGGCCCUCAUCAAGCCCUGGCACAGGGAGUCCGUGCUCUGGCCAGUGCAGCCUCCAUGACUGGGGACGAGUAUAGCUAUGUGGUGGUGGGUGCAGGCUCAGCAGGCUGUGUGCUGGCUGGACGACUCUCAGAAGACCCCAAGGAGCAUGUGCUACUGUUGGAGGCUGGGCCCAAAGACUUGUAUGCAGGUAGCAAGCGGCUCCUAUGGAGGAUCCACAUGCCUGCAGCCCUUGUGGCCAACCUGUGCAACGACAAAUACAACUGGUGCUACUACACAGAGCCACAGGAAGGCCUAGACGGCCGUGUGUUAUACUGGCCACGUGGCCGAGUCUGGGGUGGCUCCUCAUCACUCAAUGCCAUGGUCUAUGUCCGUGGGCAUGCCGAGGACUACAACCGCUGGCACCGCCAAGGUGCUGUGGGCUGGGACUAUGAACACUGCCUGCCUUACUUCCGCAAGGCGCAGGGCCAUGAGCUAGGUGCCAACAGGUACCGUGGUGGUGAAGGUCCCUUGCGUGUAUCUCGGGGCAAGAGCAACCACCCACUGCACCAGGCUUUCCUGGAGGCGGCACAGCAGGCCGGUUACCCAUUCACUGAGGACAUGAAUGGGUUCCAGCAGGAAGGCUUUGGCUGGAUGGACAUGACCAUCCAUGAAGGCAAGCGCUGGAGUACAGCCUGUGCCUACCUGCAUCCAGCACUGAGCCGCCCCAACCUGAAGGCUGAGGUCCAGACACUUGUGAAUAGGGUGCUGUUUGAAGGCACCCGUGCAGUGGGUGUGGAAUAUGUCAAAAAUGGCCAAAGCCACAGGGCUUAUACCAGCAAGGAUGUGAUUCUGAGUGGAGGCGCCAUCAACUCACCACAGCUACUCAUGCUCUCGGGCAUCGGGAAUGCAAACGACCUCAAGAAACUGGGCAUCCCUGUAGUUUGCCACCUUCCAGGAGUUGGCCAGAACCUCCAAGACCACCUGGAAUUAUAUGUUCAGCAGGCGUGUACACGCCCCAUCACCCUCCACUCAGCACAAAAGCCCUUGCGGAAGGUCCAGAUCGGCCUGGAGUGGCUCUGGAAGUUCACAGGAGAUGGCGCCACUGCCCAUCUAGAAACAGGUGGAUUCAUCCGGAGUCAGCCUGGGGUCCCCCACCCAGACAUUCAGUUCCAUUUCCUCCCAUCCCAAGUGAUUGACCAUGGGCGGGCCCCCACCCAGCAGGAGGCUUAUCAGGUGCAUGUGGGGACCAUGCGGGGCACAAGUGUGGGCUGGCUGAAACUGAGAAGCACCAACCCCCGGGACCACCCUAUAAUCCAACCCAACUACUUGUCUACAGAAACUGACAUUAAGGACUUCCGUCUGUGUGUGAAGCUAUCCAGAGAAAUUUUUGCACAGAAAGCCCUGGAUCCAUUCCGAGGCAAAGAGCUCCAGCCAGGAAGCCACAUACAGUCAGAUAAAGAGAUAGAUGCCUUUGUGCGGGCAAAGACAGACAGUGCUUACCAUCCCUCAUGCACCUGUAAGAUGGGCCAGCCCUCCGAUCCCACGGCUGUAGUGGAUCCACAGACCAGAGUGCUUGGGGUGGAAAACCUGAGAGUCGUCGAUGCGUCCAUCAUGCCCAGCGUGGUCAGUGGCAACCUGAACGCUCCUACAGUCAUGAUAGCAGAGAAAGCAGCUGACAUUAUUAAGGGGCAGCCUGCACUCUGGGACAAGGAUGUCCCCAUCUAUAAGCCUAAGACCCUUGCCACCCAGCGUUAA